GCCAAUGAGAGUCAGAGGGAGGGAUUAACUGUGAUUGAGCUUCGGCACUGGCGAACUGAAACUGGAUCAACCAAACACUUACUGCAGGCGACUGAAACCGGGACACGAACCGACUGCUCGGGCUCGUUAGUCGCGCUGUAUUGAACCGCGCCGGAGGUCUGUUUUGUUUAGGGAUGAACUUGGAAUGAAUGUAAACCAGCAAGCGCACAUGACCUCACCAUACAGGCAGCCACAGCCUGCCCUUCAGGGGUAUGCCCAGCCCGGCUAUGGGGGACCCCCCACUCAGUACGCACCUUACAACGGUCCCAAUCCGGGGUACCAGCAGGGACCAACUCCAGCAGGUUAUUCUCCUUACUCAAGCUUGCCCUGUAAGACUUUUCCUGCUACUCUUGCUUCUGACCUCUCCUCCAACUCCUCCUCUCCUCUUGAUCUAGGUCCAGUGCGACCCCCACCUAACUCUGGGCCCCCCCCUGUGUCGGCCUCCCAGGGGUACAGCCAGUACACACAGGGAGAUGUGCAAAAUGGCCCCCCGACCAUGAGCAGCCAGCCUCACAGGCCCCCAGUCUCUCAGUCCUACCUCCCAGGUAGCCAGCCAGCCUACCACCAGCAAUAUGGAGCCCCGCACACCAGCAUGCAACAGAUGACCAAUCAGAUGUCGGGGAUGCAAGUCUCCGCCCCGCCCCCUGCAGUCUCCGGCUAUGCACCCCACUCUUCUAAUCCUCAGACCUCCGUCAGUUUCUCGGGCGCUCCCUCCUUCACUCCCCAUUCCGUCUCCUCACAGCAAAACUCCCCAGCAGCCAGCCUGACACAUGGCCAGCCUCCCUCACAGUCCCCCUUCCCUGGGUCCCCAUCUUUGUCACAGUCACCCUUCCCAGGCGCCCCACCUCCUGUCUCCCAGCCCCAAUAUUCAUCAGCCCCUCCAGCCUCUUCACAGCCCCAUUACUCAGGAGCCCAUCCUCUGCCUGCUUCCCAGGCUCAGUUCCCUGGGGCCCCCCCACCUCCCUCCCAGUCUUCCCCCUUCCACGCACCACCUUCCAGCUUUGCCCCCCCGGCAGGUGCCCCCAGACAGCCCGGGGUGCAGCCAAUGCAGGCCCCGCCUCACUCCCAGUACCUCACUGGGCCCCCUCUCCCUCACCAGCCCAUGCAGGGGCCCCCGCUCUCCCAGCAGAACCACGCGGCCCCAGGGAUGCAGGGCCCCCCAGCUCAGCCGGCAGGACAGGGGCAGGGCGUCCAGCCUCAGCAGAACGGUGCGUUUGGACAAAUGAGCAGGCCACAGCCUGGCUAUGGGGGUUCCUACCCGGGCCCCCAAAACUACGGGGCGCAGCCCCCUCCUCCUGCAGCGCCUCCGCAGAAACGGCUUGACCCAGACUCCAUUCCUAGCCCGCAAGUCAGUGCGCUGCCUGCUGUGCAGAAAACAAGACACAGAAUAGACCCAGACGCAAUCCCCAGCCCAAUCCAGGUGAUCGAGGAUGACCAGGCGAACCGAAGCAGUGAGCCGUUCGCAACAGGGGUCAGAGGUCAGGCACCACCGCUCGUCACAACCAACUUCCAGGUCAAAGAUCAAGGGAACGCGAGCCCGAGCUAUAUAAGAUGCACAGCUUACAACUUCCCCUGCACCUCGGACAUGGCGAAGCAGUCUCAGGUUCCUCUGGCUGCAGUCAUCAAGCCCUUGGCGACUCUGCCCCUAGACGAGGCUCCCCCGUACAUUGUAGAUCACGGAGAGACAGGACCAAUCCGCUGUAACCGGUGUAAAGCCUACAUGUGUCCCUUCAUGCAGUUCAUCGAGGGGGGCCGGCGCUUUCAGUGUGGCUUCUGCAGCUGUGUGACCGAGGUGCCUCCCCAUUACUUUCAGCACCUGGACCACACUGGAAAGCGAGUGGACUGCUACGACCGACCGGAGCUCUCCAUGGGGACAUGCGAGUUCACAGCAACUGUGGACUACUGCAAGAACAACAAGAUCCCACAGCCCCCGGCUUUCAUCUUCCUGAUCGACGUCUCGUACAACGCGGUGAAGAGCGGGCUGGUCGACCUCAUCUGUGCGGAGAUGAAGACUCUGCUGGAUUACCUGCCCAGGGAGAGCAGCGAGGCGGACUCGUGUAUCCGGGUGGGCUUCGUCACCUAUAACAAGGUGCUGCACUUCUACAACGUCAAGAGCUCGCUGGCGCAGCCCCAGAUGAUGGUGGUCUCAGACGUAGCGGACAUGUUCGUCCCCCUGCUGGACGGAUUCCUGGUCAACGUGAACGAGUCGCGUGCCGUCAUCAACAGUUUGCUGGAUCAGAUCCCAGAGAUGUUUGCUGACACGAGGGAGACAGAGACUGUGUUUGCCCCUGUGAUCCAGGCUGGCUUGGAGGCCCUGAAGGCUGCGGACUGCGCAGGAAAGCUCUUUAUUUUCCACUCGUCACUCCCCAUCGCUGAGGCUCCGGGGAAACUAAAGAACCGGGAGGACAAGAAGCUGGUCGGCACAGACAAGGAGAAGACCCUGUUCCAGCCCCAGACCAGUUUCUUUGGCAACCUGGCGAAGGAGUGCGUGGCACAGGGUUGCUGCGUGGACCUCUUCCUCUUUCCCAACCAGUAUGUGGAUGUGGCGACACUGGGUGUGGUGCCCUCCCAGACUGGGGGCUCUGUGUACAAGUACACCUACUUCCAGGUGCCAUCAGAUGGGGAUCGCUUCCUCAAUGACCUGCGCAGGGAUGUACAGAAACAGGUCGGGUUCGACGCAGUCAUGAGGGUCCGAACCAGUACAGGGAUCCGUGCGACAGACUUUUUCGGCGAUUUCUACAUGAGCAACACGACGGACGUGGAGCUGGCUGGGCUGGACUGUGACAAGGCCGUGACGGUGGAGUUCAGACACGAUGACAAGCUGAGUGAGGAGAGCGGCGCACUCAUGCAGUGCGCAGUGCUGUACACCAGCUGCAGUGGUCAGAGGAGGCUGCGGGUUCACAACCUCUCUGUGAACUGCUGCACCCAGCUGGCUGACCUCUACAGGAACUGUGAUACCGACACGCUCAUCAACUUCUUCGCCAAGUAUGCCUACCGCAGCAUACUCAACUCCCCCACCAAGACGGUGAGGGACACCCUCAUCAACCAGAGCGCUCAGAUCCUGUCCUGUUAUCGCAAGAACUGCGCCAGCCCCUCCUCUGCCGGACAGCUCAUCCUGCCCGAGUGCAUGAAACUGCUCCCAGUCUACCUGAACUGCGUGCUGAAGAGCGAUAUACUGCAGCCCGGCGCCGACAUCUCCCUCGAUGACAGAGCCUAUCUGCGCCAGCUCGUCACCUCCAUGGAUGUGGCAGAGAGCCACGUUUUCUUCUACCCUCGCCUGCUGCCGCUGCAGAAGCUGGAUGUGGAGGGUGACUCUCUACCCACGGCUGUGCGGGCGUCUGAGGAGCGGCUCUCGAAAGGGGGGCUGUACCUCCUUGAGAACGGGUUGCACCUCUUCCUGUGGGUAGGGGCCAACGUGCAGCAAGAGCUGCUCCAGAGCGUCUUCAACACCCCCUCCUUCGGGCAGAUCGACCCCAGCAUGACGAACCUGCCGGUGCUGGAUAACCCAUACUCGCGGAGACUGCGGGCCAUCAUCGAGUCCUUCCGGGCUGAGAGACCGCGAUACAUGAAGUUGAUGGUGGUGAAACAGGAUGACAAGCUGGAGCUGAUCUUCAAGCACUUCCUGGUGGAGGACAAGAGCGCAAGUGGGGGGGCUUCCUACGUUGACUUCCUGUGUCACAUGCACAAGGAGAUCCGGCAGCUGCUGAGCUAGGAGCAGAGCGUGAGGGCAAGCCGAAUCACCCCCAAACCAGGCCCCACCCAUGAUCUAAUCACACACUUCCUUUUUUUUUUUUUUUUUUUUUGACAGACUAUAAAAACAAUAAACAGAAUGACCUUUGUGAACUGAAUUGUUCUAAAAAUCCGCUAGCCCUCCCUCUCCUCACCCCAUCCUAUCCCUGUUUAUAUAUUCUCCUUUAAUGGGGAGGUGUGCAAGGAGAAUGGAUUUGUCAAACCAGAGGAGGUGGGUUAAUGCAGCUGUUGUAUAAUGUAUGUGAAUGUCCGUUGUCGUUUAGCAUACUGGUGGGAGAGGGAGAGAGAUUUGUAAUGAGAGAUUUGAGGGUGAGAUUUUGUUUGGUUGGAAACACUGGUACUGAUUGGAGCUCUCGCAGGUGGGACUUAGCACUGAUUCGGUAGGUUUGAAAGGCGAGUCUACGGCGACACACUUAAUUUACAAUUUAGAAAAGUUUCACCCAGAGCUUUUUUUUCUAUUCUGCUGUUUCUUCACCUCCUCUUCACAUUUACUACUCUUGAACAGUGAUUUUGUGCUGUCUGUCAGUUUGUGUGUUUGAGUUAUUUUUAAAAAUAUUUAAUGGGGUGGGGAGGAUGCACAUUCGUUCUGACAGUAUGCAAGCAUCAUCUCUCCUGGGGUAAGGCAAUGCCUUAACCAGGACAGGACAAAUCCACUUGCCCUCCCUGUUCUGUGUUUUUGUUUUAUUAUUUAUUUCUUAUAAUUAUAACUACAGUACACUCUGGCUAAUCCAAACCCUGUUCAGAUUUUAACAUUCAGUAAUCUGUACCUCGCAAAAAAAAAAUUGUCCUGUCUUGUGUUUUUGAUACCAAUUCUAUAAUAAAUCUUUAAAGAAAAUGUAUUUAAAAAGAAGAUUCACUGACUGAUAUUGACCUGUACUAUAAUAUACACGUCUGCAGGUCAGAGUUUUCAGUAGUAGUUAAAUUGCCUGGAAGUUGAGUUUCCGCAGCUGCUGUCAUCCUGCGUUUCAUUACGAUAGCAUCAUGGUUUGGGUUAGAGGUCAGUUAAGGACUAGCGAGACUGCUGCGCCCUGUUGAGAUGUUUUAUUGAACUGAUCAGGACUGAGUCCCUGGAUUCCCAGUUUUAUGUGAUUUGCGCAGAGCAGGGAUGAAAAUAAGGCUGCCAUUGCAUAGCAGCUUGAUCCAUUCCUUGUUUCACUAGGAGUUUAAUCAGACACACCUGAACUUGUUAACUAUACACUGUGGUAGAUCAAGCUCGUAGUAAAAUCUGAUUUCCAUCCCUGGCUCACACUGCUGCCAUCAAUCAGGCAAGUCUAAAAACUAGCUAGCAAAUAAAUAGUCAUUCUGGGUGCAGGACCACUGUUUUUGUUUCACUUCCGAAAGACAUGUUUUUUAAUAAAUGAAGGAUGAGGGUGCAGGGACAGUUUCUGUGUGAGAGGAGAGACAGAGAACACUACUGCCCCCUCAUCCCCAACCACGCUUUCUGGUGCAACGCGAUUCCAGUCCCAGUUUUUAAAAUAUAUAUAUAUAAAAUGAGAACAUAAGAAAGUUUACAAACGAGAAGAGGCCAUUCGGCCUGUCUUGCUUGUUUGGUUGUUUAGUAGCUUAUUGAUUUGCUGAGGAGUUGGUUCUUGCUUGCAUACAAUGUAUUAUCAUCCAUGUUUGUUUUGCAGUGCGUUUUGAGAGACCACUGUCUGUCCCUCCUUAGGCUCCUUUGCUGUGUGUCCCCAUGUCCCUGCCUUCUCAACAGCAAGUCAUGAUAGUACCAGCCUGAGCGACUGCAGAGUCAAUCCACCAAGACCUAAAACAAACAUACACAUUAAUAAAUAAAAUUGUUUUAUUUCUUAUUUCUUGUUUUUUUCCAGCUGUGCAGUAGGUUAGUAAGUCAGUCAGAUUCUUUGUCCCAGCAUUGCCAUUGCUGUAAAAAAAAAAAAAAAAACAGAAAAAAAACCAUAAAUGACUGAUUGCACACCUUCUGAUAAUUGCGACCAGCAUUCUCCCAAGCACUCCUCCUCUUGUAUUUUCCUGUAAAUUAUUAUGAUUAUUGUCCUGAUUUUAUUAGUUAUUAAAACAAUCCUGUAUGUAUA